AUGGAAAUAGCGGAUGAUUUAUAUAAUGAAUCUCUUAAAAUAUUAAAUGAUAUGUCGUCAAAAACAUUUACAACUUAUUCAAUACCACAGCAGAAAUUUUCGUGGUUUUUUAAUACUUUAAAGCAUACUAUAUCUAAAUUUAUAUUAAUUCGAGUAACAUCUCAACAAGAAGAUAUAGAAAUAGGAAAAUACGGGAAGGGGAGCCAAAUUAUAAGAGUUUCUUCUAUGCUUAAGAAGGCUGCAGAACUAGGAAAUAAUGAUGCUUUAUAUUUAUUAGGAGAUAUGCAUUUUUAUGGAAAUUUUAGCCAUCCAUUAAAUAUGUAUAAAGCAUUUUUGUUUUAUAAAGAGCUUGCUGAACGAACAGGAAAUGCAACAGCACAAUUAAAUUUGGGACUUUUUUAUGCAGUAGGUAUUGUUGAUGAAGUUCCUCGAGACCAAGCAAAGGCUUUACUAUAUUUUGUUUUUUCUGCAUCUCAAGGAAAUAUCAGGGCUGAAAUGAUCCUUGGAUAUAGAUAUUAUUUAGGUAUUGGAGCUCCACAAUCAUGCCAAACAGCAGCCGAGUAUUAUAAAAAGGUAGCAGAUAAGUUAAUGGAUUAUUAUGAUUCUGGACCACCCGGAGGCAUUACUCUUCCUCGUAUUCCAAGAAAGUUUGCUGAUGAUAAGGGAGGCAUUUAUGGAGAAGGUGCUAGUGUUGUUUCAAGUGGGGCAGAAUAUAGAAAGAAAAAGAAGUUAGUUGGCAAAAUUAUUAGAAUUGAAAAAAAAGAGAUGGAUAAUUAUAUAGAUUAUUAUUCAUAUAUAGCAGAAAAAGGGGACGUUGAGGCACAAUUGCUUCUUGGUAAACUUUUUUAUCUUGGAACAUCUAGUAUGGAGAGAAAUUUUAAAAAAUCAUUUAGUUAUUUUAAAAGGAUCGCAAGAUUAUAUUGGAAAAAAAAUGGUGACCCAUAUGAUGAAAAAUAUGGAAUAGGAGCGGCAGAAGCAGCAAGAUAUUUGGGUUUAAUGUAUUUUAGAGGAGAAGGUGUUGUACAGAAUUUUCGAAUUGCUAAAAUAUGGUUUCAACGUGGUAUAAAUAUUGGUGAUGCCGUUUGUCAAAACAGUAUGGGAAUGAUCUAUUUGAAAGGAUAUGGUGAUACCAAUAUAGAUACAAAAAAAGCAACAGAGCUUUUCAAAGCUGCUUCUGAUCAAGGCCUUUCUUCCGCUAAAGUUAAUCUUGCUAAAAUAUAUUUAGCACAAAAAGAUUAUACAAAAGCAUAUCUACUUUUUGAGUUAGCAUGGGAUAAAAAUCCUGUUGAAGCAGCGUAUUAUUUAGCAACAAUGAGCUAUAAUGAACUUUCGAAAGAAUCUUCCUGUCAAAGAACAGUUACGUAUUACAAAUAUGUUUCUGAAAGAAUUGGGACAGUUUAUUCAACACUUGAGGAAGCAGAAAAAGCAUAUGAAAAUAAUAACAUACAUAUGACACUGAUUGGCAGUUUAAUUGCUGCAGAGCAGGGUUAUGAAGCAGGACAAUUUAACUUUGCAUGGCUUCUUGAUAAAGCAAAAUCUUAUGUUUCUCGUUACAAAAAAGACUAUUUUCCAAUGUCAGAUCAACUUUCUUUAAUCUAUUAUACACGAGCAGCAAAACAAAAUAAUGUUGAUGCAAUGGUUAGGAUGGGUGAUUAUUAUUUAGAAGGCAUAGGAACAAAGGCAGAUCCAUCUAAAGCUAUUAAGUGUUUUAUGUCAGCAGCUGAUACUGGAAUAUCUGCUCUUGCAAUCUGGAAUUUAGGAUGGAUGUAUGAGAAUGGAAUUGGUAUACAGCAGGAUUUUCUUUUGGCAAAACGACAUUAUGUUAAUGCACUUUUAACUAGUUCUGAAGCAUGGCUGCCUGUCACACUUUCUUUGAUCAAACUUCGGAUAAGAAGUGUAUAUAAAUCUAUUGUGAACGGAAGUACGAUAACUACAUCUAAUAAACUAGGACAAAAAGAAAAUACAAGUAUCAUUACUAAAUCAAAAAACUUUAUUAGAAAAAUACAAGAUUCAUUAAGAAUUGAUGAUAUUGAUGAAAGUGAAAAUGUUUUAGAACUAGAUUAUGAUGACCAAGAAUACUAUCAAAGUAAAGACGAUUUUUUUGAAACAAUUGUUAUUUUACUUUUAUGUUUAUUUAUAGCAUUUAUGAUUUACUAUCGACAAGCAAGAUUACAUGCUGGACUCAGACGAAACACAAAUACACAAUACCUUCAUAAUGAAUAA